CGCCGAGGAGCGGCGCACAGCCGCAGGUUGCCCGUUCUGGUUUACUGGGGCGUGGCUGAGACUACAGCCGGCAUGCGGCCCCUCGGGCAGACCUCUGCAUUAUGACCCGGCUGCUGGGCUACGUGGACCCCUCAGAUCCCCGCUUUGUGGCUGCAGUCCUCGCCAUCGCUUUCAAUCCGCUCUUCUGGAAUGUGGUCGCCAGGUGGGAGCACAAGACGCGCAAGCUGAGCAGGGCCUUCCGCUCGCCCCGCCUGGCCUGCUACACCCUGGGCGGCGCCAUCCUGCUGCUGAACGUGCUGCGUUCCCACUGCUUCAUGCAGGCCAUGCUGAGCCAGCCCAGGAUGCAGAGCCUGGACAACCCCACAGCCUACCGUGCGGGCCUGGCACUCCUGGGAGUGGGCAGCGUGUUUGUACUUUCCAGCUUCCUGGCGCUGGGCUUCACCGGAACCUUCCUAGGUGACUACUUCGGGAUCUUCAAGGAGGCAAGAGUGACCUCAUUUCCGUUCAACAUCCUGGACAACCCCAUGUACUGGGGCAGCACAGCCAACUACCUGGGCUGGGCCAUCAUGCACGCCAGCCCCACCGGCCUGCUGCUGACCGCGGUGGUGGCCCUCAUCUACACGGUCGCCAUCCUGUACGAGGAGCCCUUCACCGCUGAGGUCUACCGGCAGAGAGCCUCCCAGGCCUGCAGGAGAAGCUGACUGGGCCGUGGCCCCUCCAGUGAGGGUCUGCCGCCUCCGGCCUGCCCUGCGCCACGCCCAGGGAAGGGAGGACGGUGCCCGGUGCAGCUGCUCCAGGGCCUUGGAAACGCGGCCUUGGGGGCCCUGGACAGAGCCCCCUGCCCCUGCCGCCCACCACCUCCUAACUUACCAAUAAAGGCGCCUGACCCCA